AUGGCCGUGGCCCUGCAUCUGGCAGAAAUCGGCUUUGUCUCCCUGCCCAACCAAAUUCACCAGCGCGUGACCGAGGCGGGCUUUGACUUUUCCAUCAUGGCCGUUGGUCAAACCGGCCUUGGCAAGUCCACCCUCAUCAAUUCCCUGUUCAACAGCGACAUUUACAUCCGCGAGGACUAUCCGUCAGCCACUGAACGCCAGGCCCAAACAAUGGACGUCAGCUCAGCCACCGUCAUGCUCAAUGAAGAUGGCGUGGAGGUGCGGCUCACUGUCAUCGAUACGCCUGGAUUUGGGUCCGCCAUCAACAACACGGGUUGCUGGGAAGCCAUUGAGCAGUACAUCACCCAGCAAUUCGAGGCCUACGAGGCCGCUGAAAGCGCCCUCACCCGCACUGAAAUUCCUGACACCCGCGUUCACUGCUGCCUCUACUUUAUUUCCCCUUCCGUGCACGGCCUGCGGGCACUAGACAUUCACGUCCUGCGCCGACUGCAGAACAAGGUCAACAUCAUUCCCGUCAUCGCCAAGGCUGAUACCCUGACCGAUGAGGAAUGCCACCUCUUAAAGAAGCGCGUCCUGCAAACCAUCGAAGAAGAGAACAUUUCCAUUUACCGCUUUCCCGAUGAGAGCCAAAAUCCGCUCUUCGCCGAUGACCCCACCAUUCAGCAAGCCCGCUCUUGCCUUCCCUUUGCCAUCUGUUCCAGCCAGCAGGUGGUGCGUUCCAACAACGGCCAAUCUGUUCGUGGCCGCACCUACCCCUGGGGCACAGCUGAAGUUGAGAAUCCCGACCACUCCGAGUUUACCCUGCUCCGAGAUCUUGUUCUUCGCACAUACCUCCAAAAUCUGAUUGACACCACAAAUGACAGUCACUAUGAAAAGUUUCGCGCCGAACAUCUCUCUGGCAUUUCCUUUUCAGAGUCCAUGAAGCGCUCCUCGCGGAUGGUGCUUCAGAGCGAGAGCAACCCCCUCGACGCCAUCAAGACUCACAAAGCCAAGCACGAGCACAAGUUGGAGACCAAGUUUGCCGAGCUCUACAAUUCGUUCCUGGAAAAAGUUGCCAAGCGUGAAGCUGCAUUUGCCGACGAGGAAACCAAGCUCAAGCGGCAGAAAGAGGCCCUUGAGAUGCGUCUGGCACAACGACGCGAUGAGGUCGAGGAGAAGCGACGCGAACUAGAGCAGCAGCGCCAAGAGUUUACACAGCAGCAAGAAGCCAAGGGCACGCUCGCCAAGCGCCGAACCGGCUUUCGCCUCCAUUAA